GAGUUUAAAUUUUUUUUUGAAUACUAUUGACUCUAUUACAAAGUAGUAUCUGACUUUACAGAGAAUACAAUAGUUGUUGUUGUUGAGAUGGUGGUGCUAAAGAGGAGAACCAGAGACAACGAUGUGGAGAGCUUAGCCAUGGCGAAUUGUCUGAUGCUGAUAUCUCGUAUGGACGAGGAACAGAUAGCGAUAUCGGGUCAGGUUUACGAGUGCAAGACUUGCCGGAAAAAGUUCCAUUCGUUCCAAGCCCUAGGCGGCCACAGGGCUAGCCACAAGCGGCCGAGGUUGCUGGGUGGUUACUUGAGUGAGAAGAAACAUGUUUGCAGUGUUUGCGGGUUGGAGUUCGAGAGAGGGCAGGCUUUGGGCGGUCACAUGAGCAAACACCGCACUCACACCCAACCGCUCCCUCUCCCUGCACAACAUAAUAUUAAUAAUAACAGUGAUGAUUCGAAGGUUGUCGUCAACGAGGAUUCAUCGGAGGACAGCGUUAAGAAGGAGGAGGCGGCGGCGGCGGCGGUGGUUUCUUGGGAUUUGAAUUUGACUCCGCGCGAGAAUGAAAUCAAGGAAUUGAUUCUAGCCGCAGAGAUUCGCUUAAAUUGAGUUAACUUUUGUUAAUUUUUAUACUUUGUUGUUUCUUUUUGUAUGUAUAUAUAUAAUG